GUUACUCCCUGCUAGUUGUAAUCAUGGCUUCUCAAUGCAGCCUCUCUACUUUAUUUCCUAUCCAAAGUCAGUUGGAUUAUGCUUUAGAUGACGCUACGAAAGAACAAGAAAAAGAAAAUCUUGUUUACGAGUAUUUGAAAAAAGUAGACGAACGACAGGACCUAAAAAUUCCCGAUUUCCAGCAAGGCUUGGAGUGGCUGAACACUGAGGGCCCUCUGUCUGUGAGCAAGGAGCUUUCUGGUAAAGUGGUGGUGUUGGACUUCUUCACUUAUUGUUGCAUAAACUGUAUGCACAUCUUGCCAGACCUGCACCAGCUAGAGAAGAGACACUCUGUGGAAGAUGGAUUGGUCAUUGUUGGCGUGCACUCUGCUAAAUUCCCAAAUGAGAAGGUUUUGGACAAUAUUCGCAGUGCUGUCCUCCGCUAUGACAUCUGCCAUCCAGUAGUGAACGAUGGCGAUGCACAGCUCUGGCAUGAGUUAGAGGUGUCCUGCUGGCCUACUCUCGUCCUACUGGGUCCAAAGGGAAACCUGCUCUUCUCUUUGGUGGGCGAGGGCCACAGAAACAGGCUAACGCUCUUCACGGAGAUGUCCAUGCGUUUCUAUGGAGAACAGGGUCUGCUGAAGUCACAUGCAGUCGGAUUGAAGCUGUUAAAAGACUCUCUGCCGCCCACUAUUCUCUCUUUCCCUGGAAAAGUGGCAGUGGACAACAGCAAGAGGCUGGUCAUAGCAGACACUGGACAUCACCGAAUUCUUGUGGUCUCUUCAACAGGGCAGCUAUUACAUGCUAUUGGAGGACCUAAAAGUGGCAGACAAGAUGGUUCCUUUUUAGAAGCAUCAUUUAACUCUCCUCAAGGUGUAGCAAUUAAAGGGGACACUAUUUAUGUAGCAGAUACAGAAAACCACCUCAUCAGAAAGAUUGACCUGUUGCACAAGAAUGUCUCUAGUCUGGCUGGAGUUGGAGUCCAGGGUACAGACAAAGAGGGCGGAGCCAUGGGACCAGAGCAGCCAAUCAGCUCUCCCUGGGAUGUGGCUGUAGGUACAGCUGGUGGUGAAGAAGACAAUGUUCUGUGGAUUGCUAUGGCAGGCACACAUCAGAUUUGGGCUUUGUUUCUGUCUGACGGCAAACUCCCCAAAGGAAGUGACUCAAAAGCUGGGACGUGUGUGCGAUGGGCUGGCAGUGGCAGUGAGGAGAAUCGGAACAAUGCAUAUCCUCAUAAGGCAGGCUUUGCUCAGCCGUCUGGCCUCAGCUCUGCCCCUCACGACCCCUGGAAUUGUCUGUAUGUGGCAGACAGUGAGAGCAGCUCCAUCCGAACCGUAGCCUUGAAGGACGGAGCGGUCAAGUCACUGGUCGGGGCAGAGAGAGACCCGCUGAACUUGUUUGCUUUUGGCGAUGUAGAUGGUAAAGGGGUUGACGCCAAACUGCAGCACCCUCUCGGCGUUUCAUGGUCCUCAGAACAAAACCUGCUUUAUGUGGCUGACUCCUACAACCACAAGAUUAAGGUGGUAGACCCAAAGACAAAGCAGUGCAUUACAUUAGCAGGCACAGGAGAGGCCGGGGACAAAGUGGGCCCAGAGUUUAACCAGUCCAGCUUUAAUGAACCAGGAGGUCUCUGUGUGGCGGACGGAGGAAAGGCUCUGUAUGUGGCCGAUACCAACAACCACCAAAUCAAAGUCUUGGACCUGGACUCAAAGACUAUCUCUCUGUUUCCCAUCUCCACCGACUGCACUGAUGCCAUACCCACCAGGUCGUCCGGUCCUGCCAAAGCCCCUUCUCUGCCCAAAUCUGCUGCCAGGAAGCACAUGUCUGCGGUAGCAGUGAGCGCGGGCCAGACCCUCACCCUGUCCCUCACAUUGUCCCUGCCAGAGGGGGCCCACCUCACCGAUGGAGCCCCCAGCUGCUGGACGCUGUCUGCUGAAGGGAACGAGUGGCUUCUGAUGGGACAAACUGUAAUGGGCGACAUCUCUGAUCUAUCCCGAUCUCUGCGUGUCUCCGUUAAACUCCCUGUCACCAUGACGACCAAGGAGUCCAGCGAAGGGCCAAGCCUCAACCUCAGCGUGUUUGUGUACUACUGCCUAGACUCCGGGAGCACCUGUAUGAUGAAAGCUGUCUCCUUCACACAGCCGCUCCACAUCAGCACUAUCCCCGGAGAGGAGGAGGUCACCGUGGCAUUUGCACAUGCCUUAUAGAUUCACAUAGUAUUUGUCCAUUGCAGUGGCAGGACAUGGUUUGACAGAGUUGUGAGGGAAAACUGAAUAUAUGCAAACUAGUGUUGGAUUGCGGUGUGUUGUGAGGUAAAUAUUCUGUUGCAUUUAUACAGAUGCAACCCCAACAACAGAAAUAAAUGGGAUAUCGUUCCAAAUGUAACUAUUUGCUUAAUUCUAACCAUGCAUUAUUUAUUAUUCACUGUAGAAUAUAAUUUAAAACAGAUCAGGUGUGGCAUUAGGAUUCAUUCACUUUGAGAGAGAAAGAAAACCAUUUCCUGAAAUUGAAUUGAAAGAUUAGAUUAGAUUAGAUUAGAUUAGAUUAGAUUAGAUUAGAUUAGAUUACAUCCAGCCUUAAUUUUCAUUUUACACUGUCCCAACUUUUUUAUGUUUGGGUUUGUAAAUGGGAGUGACUUUUUAAACAUAUAGGUUACUGAUCACCACAUUUUUAUGUUUAUUUAUUGAACUGUAUUCAGACUAAUUAUUUUGUAAAAACAAUGUAUACCCUAUUGCAACUUGAGAUCACAUGAACAGUAUUUUAUUUUAAGGUGCAUGAAACUGCAAAAACUCUUUGAAUGAAUGGAUGGGCCAAAUGUUGCUCAUAAUGGUAUUCAAAAAUAAUUUUUGAAAUAUUUUUUCAUGUCUAAUAAUGGCUUGGAAAACCUGCCGAUUAGAAUCUAGUGUUCAGUUUAAUCAGGACUGUCACUCAAAAUUAACUUGUUAAAUAAAAAAUAAAUAAUAAUAAUUUGGAAGAAUUAGUUGUGGGCAUGACUAUGCAUUAAGAAUUAAGUACAAAGUAUAUAGUGAUCAAGCAUGACAUGACCAUUUUGAGCUUCCUUUUUGCCAGAAACUAAAAUAUUUGGACAAGUUCAACAAGGAUCAAAUAAGGAUAAGGAUCAAAUUAGGAUGUUUUAUGUUAAUUUUACAAGUUAAAAACAAGUUAAAAGUUAUGACUGAUCUCUAUAGCCUAUAGUUGACUACCUAAGCUACUAGGAUUUCCUAUCUUUUUUUAUAGUUUACAGCCUAUAGGCACACUUAGUUUUUAUUCAUAUUUAUUUGCUACAUACGGGUGUUAUUUUGCUGGUAUCGGUUGAUAUAGAUUAUCGAUUAUGUGUGCGGUUUAAUUUAUUAACAGAAAGGCCCCACUGUGGUUCUCCAUGAAAAGUGCCUAAAGUUUUUGAGCAUCUUUUGAACUGUAAUUAAAGACUAACCACAAAUGUUCUGAAUGAAUAUACUGGCAUCUCAGCUUCACACUUGCACAAGAGAUACUUUGUUUCAUUUUUUUCUAUGAAAGUUUUACAUGACACAGCUUUGACCUUGAAAGUGCCUUAGAGUGGUUAAAGAUGAUGUAUUUCUGCAAUAAAAAAGGUGUUUUAUUUUUGCAAUUCAACAGGUGGAUGUAUAUGUAUUACAAUGCCAUGAAAAUGAUUUUUUUAGUUUUGCUUUUGUUGACCAAAAAAACAAGAAUUUGGUUAUAGUUUUUAGUCAUUUUUAUUUUUUGACAGCAAACAGAAUAUAUUGGCCAAAACUCAUCCACAUUACACUCAUGCUAUGGCCUGAAAAUAAUUCUCAUUUAUCGGCUUGAGCUUGUAAUACUAUAUAUUUUCUUGAUGUUAUUUACCUAUAAGGGUGUUGAACUGCAACCUUUAAAAUGACUGUAUACAAAUAAAUUAUCUGACUAUUUC